AGAUACAUAGCAUCUAGCAAAAUAAUGGCAGCUGCUUACCUUGACCCAAACUUGAAUCACACACCGAAUUCAAGUACCAAGCCUCACCUGGGUACUGGAGUGGAACGUUCCCCUGGGGCAAUGGAGCGAGUGUUGAAGGUCUUUCAUUAUUUUGAAAACAGCAGUGAGCCAGCCACUUGGGCCAGUAUUAUCAGGCAUGGAGAUGCUACUGAUGUCAGGGGCAUCAUUCAGAAGAUAGUGGACAGUCACAAAGUAAAGCACGUGGCCUGCUAUGGAUUUCGCCUCAGUCACCUGCGGUCAGAGGAGGUUCACUGGCUCCAUUUGGAUAUGGGUGUCUCCAAUGUGAGGGAGAAGUAUGAACUUGCACACCCACCAGAGGAGUGGAAAUAUGAAUUGAGAAUUCGUUAUUUGCCAAAAGGAUUUCUAAACCAGUUUACUGAAGACAAGCCAACUCUGAAUUUCUUCUAUCAACAGGUGAAGAGCGACUACAUGUCUGAGAUAGCUGACCGCGUGGACCAGGACAUUGCUUUGAAGCUGGGCUGUCUAGAGAUACGGCGCUCGUACUGGGAGAUGCGAGGCAACGCACUAGAGAAGAAGUCCAACUAUGAAGUGCUGGAAAAAGAUGUUGGUUUGAAGCGAUUUUUUCCUAGGAGUUUACUGGAUUCUGUCAAGGCCAAAACACUAAGAAAGCUGAUCCAACAGACAUUUAGACAGUUUGCCAAUCUUAACAGAGAAGAAAGUAUUCUGAAGUUCUUUGAGAUCCUCUCCCCAGUGUACAGAUUUGAUAAAGAAUGCUUCAAGUGUGCUCUGGGUUCAAGCUGGAUUAUUUCGGUAGAACUGGCAAUUGGCCCAGAAGAAGGAAUCAGUUACCUCACGGACAAGGGGUGCAACCCUACACAUCUGGCCGACUUCAAUCAAGUGCAGACCAUUCAGUAUUCGAACAGCGAGGACAAGGACAGGAAAGGGAUGCUACAGCUGAAAAUUGCCGGUGCCCCGGAGCCUCUGACAGUGACAGCGCCAUCCCUGACCAUCGCCGAGAAUAUGGCUGACUUGAUAGAUGGGUACUGCCGGCUGGUGAACGGGGCCACACAGUCUUUUAUCAUCAGACCCCAGAAAGAAGGUGAACGGGCUUUGCCAUCAAUACCAAAGCUGGCCAACAGCGAGAAACAAGGCAUGCGGACACACGCGGUCUCCGUAUCAGAAACAGAUGAUUAUGCUGAGAUUAUAGACGAAGAAGAUACCUACACCAUGCCCUCAACCAGGGAUUAUGAGAUUCAGAGAGAAAGAAUCGAGCUUGGACGGUGCAUCGGGGAAGGCCAGUUUGGAGACGUCCAUCAAGGCGUCUACAUGAGCCCAGAGAAUCCAGCUUUGGCGGUUGCAAUUAAAACAUGUAAAAACUGUACUUCGGACAGCGUGAGAGAGAAAUUCCUUCAAGAAGCCUUAACAAUGCGCCAGUUUGACCACCCUCACAUUGUGAAGCUGAUUGGUGUCAUCACGGAGAACCCUGUCUGGAUAAUCAUGGAGCUGUGCACGCUUGGAGAGCUGAGGUCAUUUCUGCAAGUAAGGAAGUACAGUUUGGAUCUGGCGUCUUUGAUCCUAUAUGCCUAUCAGCUUAGUACAGCCCUCGCGUAUCUGGAGAGCAAAAGAUUUGUGCACAGGGACAUUGCUGCUCGGAAUGUUCUGGUGUCCUCGAAUGAUUGCGUAAAACUAGGAGACUUUGGAUUAUCCCGAUAUAUGGAAGACAGUACUUACUACAAAGCUUCCAAAGGAAAAUUGCCAAUUAAGUGGAUGGCUCCAGAGUCCAUCAAUUUUCGACGUUUUACCUCAGCUAGUGAUGUAUGGAUGUUUGGUGUAUGUAUGUGGGAGAUACUGAUGCAUGGUGUGAAGCCUUUUCAAGGAGUGAAGAACAAUGAUGUGAUCGGUCGAAUUGAGAAUGGGGAGAGAUUACCAAUGCCUCCAAAUUGCCCUCCUACCCUCUACAGCCUUAUGACGAAAUGCUGGGCCUAUGACCCCAGCAGGCGGCCCCGGUUCACUGAGCUCAAAGCUCAGCUCAGCACAAUCCUGGAGGAGGAGAAGGUUCAGCAAGAAGAACGGAUGAGGAUGGAGUCCAGAAGACAGGUCACAGUGUCCUGGGACUCCGGAGGGUCCGACGAAGCGCCACCCAAGCCCAGCAGACCCGGGUACCCGAGUCCAAGGUCCAGUGAAGGAUUUUAUCCCAGCCCACAGCACAUGGUACAAACCAAUCAUUACCAGGUCUCUGGCUAUCCUGGUUCACAUGGGAUCACGGCCAUGGCUGGCAGCAUCUACCCGGGUCAGGCAUCUCUUUUGGACCAGACGGAUUCCUGGAAUCAUAGACCGCAGGAGAUAUCAAUGUGGCAGCCCAACGUGGAGGACUCCGCUGCACUGGACCUGCGUGGGAUCGGGCAGGUGUUGCCGACCCACCUGAUGGAAGAGCGGCUGAUCCGGCAGCAGCAGGAGAUGGAAGAAGAUCAGCGCUGGCUAGAAAAAGAGGAGAGAUUCCUGAAACCUGACGUGCGGCUCUCUCGAGGCAGUAUCGACAGGGAGGAUGGAAGUCUCCAGGGUCCGACUGGAAACCAACACAUAUAUCAGCCUGUGGGGAAACCAGAUCCUGCAGCUCCGCCAAAGAAACCGCCACGGCCUGGGGCCCCCGGUCACCUGGGCAGCCUCGCCAGCCUCAGCAGCCCCGGGGACAGUUACAACGAGGGCGUCAAGCUUCAGCCGCAGGAAAUCAGCCCCCCACCCACUGCCAACCUGGACCGGUCCAACGACAGGGUGUACGAGAAUGUGACGGGCCUGGUGAAGGCUGUCAUCGAGAUGUCUAGCAAGAUCCAGCCAGCCCCGCCAGAGGAAUACGUUCCCAUGGUGAAGGAAGUCGGCCUGGCCCUGCGGACGUUACUGGCCACUGUGGACGAGACCCUCCCAGUCCUGCCAGCCAGCACUCACCGAGAGAUUGAGAUGGCCCAGAAGCUGUUGAACUCCGACCUGGGUGAGCUCAUCAACAAGAUGAAACUGGCCCAGCAGUACGUCAUGACCAGUCUCCAGCAGGAGUACAAAAAGCAAAUGCUGACCGCGGCUCACGCCCUGGCCGUGGACGCCAAAAACUUACUCGAUGUCAUUGACCAAGCGAGACUGCGGAUGCUCGGACCGACGAGGCCACACUGAGGGGUGCUGUCUGAGGACGUUCUCCCGUGUUCCACCAGCAGUGAGGGGCUCCGCGGUCCUCGGCCGCCGGCACUCACCGUGCCAACGGCUCUGACUGACAGCUGGUUGAAAAUCUCUUUCAUAUAAGUUUAACCACAUUUGAUUUGAGUUCAUUUUUUUUGUUUCUUUUUUUUUUUUUUUUUAAUCAUAGUGUUCAGAAAAGUCCAGGAUCCAAAAUGGGGCAUUUUUCUGAGAAUG